AUGGCAGAUCUGUUCAACAACGGCGCCGCCCAGAUGGGCCAGUUCCCUCUUGAGCAGUGGUUCUACGAAAUGCCUCCCUGCACUCGCUACUGGACGACCGCCACCGUCAUCGCCUCCGUCCUCGUGCAAUGCAAAGUCCUGACCCCCUUCCAACUCUUCUAUACCUUCCGCGCCGUCUACUACAAGUCCCAAUACUGGCGCAUCCUCACCACCUUCAUCUAUUUCGGCCCCCCAAGCCUAGACCUCCUCUUCCACGUCUUCUUCAUGACGCGCUACUCACGUCUACUGGAAUCCAGCUCCGCCUCUCCCGCAACCUUCAGCUGGCUCCUCCUCUACGCCACCACCACGCUCCUGACCCUCACCUCCCUACCUCUACCCUUCAAGCUCUCCUUCCAGCCCGGCUUCCUCGGAACCGCCCUCUCCUCCACCCUGGUCUACAUCUGGUCACGCCGAAAUCCAGAGACUCGCCUGAGCUUUCUCGGGCUGCUUGUCUUCACCGCGCCGUACUUACCUUGGGUCCUCAUCGGCUUCAGCCUCUUCAUGCACGGCCAGGUGCCCAAGGACGAGGUGCUGGGCGUCGUGGUGGGGCAUGUCUACUAUUUCCUGGCAGACGUGUGGCCUGGUCUCGGCGAGGGAAAUGCGAGAGUAAUGGAGCCGCCGGAGUGGUGGGUCCGACUGUGGGAGGGCCGCGCACGGCGAGAGGCUGGCAAUACGGAAGCCAGAGGCAUAGAUGGGGACGUUGCUGCGGCGGCAACGAGACCAGGAGAGGUACGGUGA